AUGGAGUUCUUUAAAAAGGCCAAUGUUAUUCGGCUAAAGAGCUACCAUGACAAAUUUAUGUUAGCAGAUGAUGAUGAAGAAACUGUUUACCAAGAUCGCAAUGGCACCUACAAGAAUGCUUUAUGGACCGUGGAGAUUGCCGAAACUGGUGACGCCAUAAGGUUGAAGAGUUGUUAUGGGAAAUACUUGACAGCAUCAAACGUGCCAUUCCUUUUGAAGAGCACUGCCAAGAAAGUGUUUCAAACAUUACCAAACAGGUUGGAUUCCUCUAUAGAGUGGGAACCCAUUAGAGAGGGGGUUCAGGUAAGGCUCCGGACGCGUUACGGCCGGUUUCUACGGGGCAACGGAGGGUUGCCGCCGUGGAGAAACACCAUUACUCAUGAUGUUCCACAUAGAACCGCAACCGCGAAUUGGGUUCUAUGGGAUGUGGAGAUAGUUGAGCUUCAAAUGCAAGGCCAUGAAAACCCUAAAUUUAAACCUAGUAGACUUUCCCCUAUGACUACUCCAAAUUAUUCUCCAAACCUAACGCCAACGGAGAUUAGUUCCGCCACUACUUCUCCAGGGAGUGACCAUAGUAGCAAAAUUGAGAUUUGGUCUCCAAAAGUAGAGCUUAAUAAUAAUUAUGAUAGUGUUCUAUCUCCAAAAGAGGGAAGGACUAUAUAUUAUGGUAUUGGCAAUGAAAAGGGUGAAGUGAGGGAGGGAAGUAAAGAGGAAUCUUUCAUCUUCUAUGGAAAAAGUGUGGAGGAAUUGAAGGAGCAUAUGAAGCAGCAAACAGGGCUUGAUGAUAUUCUUGUGUGUUGUCGUAAUCCAUUGAAUUCUAAACUCUAUCCCCUUCGUUUGCAUCUACCUCCCAUAAAAAAUGCCAUGCAUGUUGUGGUGGUUCCUUCCACAUUCCAAGGUAAUUAG